GAAUUUCUAAUGCAUUCCAAUAUACAAAAAUGUCAACAUUUAAUUAAUUCAUGGGUUGAUUUUUUAUUUUUUCUUUAAUUUGAAGGUAAAUUAAUUGAUACCAUAGAAAAAUUUGUGAAUGUGAAAGAGAACAAAGAGUUUCGGAAGCCAGCCAAGUAAACAACUCAGCACAAUAAUUUUCCACCCUUGAUUCCUGGCCGUACAUGAAUUUGUUGAGCUUUGACGGAUCAAACAGACUUUGAAAAUUGAAAAUAUAAAAAAUUCUACCAUAGCUCCAGAAAAUUCGCAAAGACGCACCAAAAUGUAAAAUUUCAUUACGCAUGGAUUUGACCAUUUUAUUUAAGAGCCUUUGAACCCAGAAAACGGGAGGGAUCUUUCUAUAUAAGUAACUUAAUCAAUGGGCAAGCUCGCCAGCUCCUUUGUGGGAUUUGCUGGUCUCAUCUGAUUUCAAGGUCUUUAGUCCAAUUCUACAGAGGAAAAUAAGAUGGGAGAUGUGUUAUCUGAGGAGCAGAUUUUUGAGUUUCAGGAAGCUUUUUGUCUGCUCGACAAGGAUGGAGAUGGUAAAAGCUUUCAUUUGUUUACAGUUUUUUAUUUUUAUUUUUUUUCCAUCAGCUUCUUAGAGUGGUUCUUAGUGAUAUUGAUGUUUAUAGGUCGCAUUACUUUCGAUGAGUUGGCGACUGCAAUAAAGUCUCUAGAGCUAAAUCCUACAGAAGAAGAAUUGCAGAGAAUGAUUAAUGAAGUAGAUGUUAAUGGUAAUGGAACGAUUGAGUUCGGGGAGUUCUUGAAUCUUAUGGCAAGGAAAAUGAAGGAAAGUGACGCAGAAGAGGAAUUGAAAGAAGCAUUCAAAGUGUUUGACAAGGAUCGAGAUGGCUACAUUUCACCCAACGAGUUGAGGCAUGUAAUGAUAAAUCUAGGAGAGAAAUUGACAGACGAGGAGUUGGAGCAAAUGAUUAAAGAGGCUGAUUUGGAUGGAGAUGGCCAAAUUAACUACGACGAAUUUGUUAGAAUAAUGCUUGCUAGUAGCUGAUCAUUUUCAUAUUAUUACACUGCUUUUACCUUAUCCGUAACAUGACCCAUGCAUAUUUAUUUUAUUUUAUUUUAAUCUGAAAAAUCGAUUUGUACACA